UGGCCUGCGCUCUCACAAUGUUAUACAGAUGUUGGUUCCAAAGGUUAGAACAGAACUUGAUAAAGGAGAAGCUUUUAAAUACGCAUGUUCUUCCUGGAAUAACUUACAGAACGACGUGAAAUUGUCAGAAAGUUGCCCCUCCAGAGUUAAUAAACAUGAACAUGAACAGCCACUGCAACGGACAGGUCCACGACAACAAGGACUUCAGCUCGGAGCUCAUCAAGAAGUCCGCUUCCUCCGUGCACCGCAAACACGAGACGUCCCGCAAAGAGGACGAGGACAAGUCCCACCUGCCUGCGCUCGAGUCCGCCUACACGAGCAUCCUGCGGGAGCUCGGGGAGGACACGAGCCGCCAGGGGUUGCUGCGCACGCCGCUGCGCGCGGCCAAGGCCAUGCAGUUCCUCACCAAGGGCUACCACGAGACCAUCGAAGACAUCUUAAACGACGCCAUAUUUGAUGAAGACCACGACGAGAUGGUGAUUGUCAAGAACAUAGACAUGUUUUCACUAUGUGAACAUCACCUGGUGCCCUUCUUUGGCAAGGUUCACAUCGGGUAUAUUCCCAACAAAAAAGUGGUGGGACUGAGCAAGCUGGCAAGGAUUGUGGAGAUCUUUAGUCGGAGGCUUCAAGUUCAAGAGCGUCUAACCAAGCAGAUUGCCAUGGGAAUAUCAGAGGCUCUGCAGCCUAAAGGUGUAGCUGUGGUUAUUGAAGCAGCGCACAUGUGCAUGGUCAUGCGUGGUGUCCAGAAGAUGAACAGCCGCACGGUGACGAGCACCAUGUUGGGCGUUUACCUGGAGGACCCCAAAACCAGGGAGGAGUUCCUGUCUCUGUCACAGAACAACUAACAAGCGCCACUCACUCCAGGGCCGCUGCAGCCCACCGAAAGUUCCAGAGCAACCGUGGAUCCGCAUUGACUUUUAAGAAAACAUAAUAGCAGGAAACAUAAAGGUGCUGUUUGAUGCAGGAGCCAAGCCAACUCUGGAGCUCAACCAAUCAAUCCACUGACGCCUGAUAGAUUUCAGUCCUGCUGCAGAAAUCAAUCACUGUGAACAUGAUAGGAAAUACUCCUAUUCUCUGUGCCUUUAGUAGAUAUUUUAAGUCUUGUAUUGCAAUAUUGUUGUUAUCAAGUAUGAAACCUGAUAUUGUAACAUGUCAAUAAGAUAUUCACUUUUUUUUUUUUUUUUAAAUGGGACUUUCAUUGGUGCUUUUGCAAAGUGUUACUCUUACAUCUUUCCUUGCUUUAUUAUUUAAAAAUACACAGAUUUUCAAAAUUGAAUGUGUCAUUUAUAGAUACAUUUAUAAAGUCUUUGUAAUAUAUGACAUUUCUAAGAUGCAAAUUAUUAUAUCUGUAGUCUAAAGAGUAGAAUAAAUUAUGUACUUAACCAGAUUUUUGCUUUUAUCAAUGAUCGCUGUUGCAUGUAUUUUGAAGAAUAUUUGCUUAAAUAAAAUUAUAGAAACAUUAUAAAAGUUGUCAACUUUACUUUGUGUAUGACGUCAAUAAGAGUUAUACCGUGGUCUGGGUCAGGGGUCAGCGACCUUUACUAUCAAAAGAGCCAUUUUAGGCAAAAAAAAAA